AUGAAACUCGCCGUCUUCAGCGCCAAAUCCUACGACAAACAAUACCUCACCUCAACCCUGCAAACGCACCACCCCUCCCUCUGCGACAUAACCUACCACUCCUUCGCUCUGUCCAGCGAAACCGUCUCCCUCGCCUACGGCAGCACCGCCGUCUGCGUCUUCGUCAACGACAUCCUUACCGCGCCCGUGCUCAAAAGCCUCCACGCCCACGGCACCCGCGCCAUCCUCCUCCGUUGCGCCGGCUACAACAACGUCGACCUCCAAGCCGCCGAAGAGCUCGGCCUCUUCGUCGCAAACGUCCCCUCGUAUUCCCCCGAAGCGGUGGCCGAGUUCGCCGUCGCCCUGAUCCAGACGCUGAAUCGGAAGACGCACCGCGCGUACAACCGCGUCCGGGAGGGCAAUUUCAACCUGGAGGGGUUCCUGGGCCAUACGCUGCACGGGAAGACGGUGGGGGUGGUCGGCGUGGGGCGGAUUGGGAUGGCGCUGGCGAGGAUCUUUAAUGGGUUUGGAUGUCGGUUGCUGGCGUAUGAUCCGUUUGGGGGGGACGAGUUCACACAAUACGGUGCUUUUGUGGAGCUGGACGAGUUGUUGCGCGAGAGCCAUAUUGUCAGUUUACAUUGUCCGUUGACGGAGAGUACGCGGCAUCUUCUUGGGGGGGAGAAUCUGGCGAAGAUGAAGCAGGGGGCGUUGUUGGUGAAUACGUCGCGCGGGGGGCUGAUCGAUACGAAAGCGGCGAUUGGGGCGUUGAAGAGAGGUCAGUUGGGUGGGUUGGCGUUGGAUGUGUAUGAGGAGGAAGGGGGGCUGUUUUAUAAUGACCACUCCGGGGAGAUCAUCCAUGAUGAUACGUUGAUGCGGUUGAUGACGUUUCCGAAUGUGUUGGUGUGUGGGCAUCAGGCGUUCUUUACGGAGGAGGCGCUGGGUGAGAUUGCGGGCGUGACGUUGGCGAAUUUGUUGGAUUUCAAGGAGAAGAGGACGUGUAAGAAUUCGUUGGUGAGGGAGGGCCAUUUGUUGGUGUCGAGGGAUGAGGAGCCGGUGCGGUUGUAG